AUGCGGAGUUCGAUAUUCACACUUUGCACUGUGCUGUGCUCCCGAGUACUCGGUCACCCGUAUGUCUCUGAAAUCACAUGGAAUUCAGCCACAACAUCCGUUGAGAAUUCAUGGCCAGUCUCACAGCCGAGUGAGGUAGCCCAGCUCUACGGGAAACGUGGAUACGGCGAGAUCCUCCAAGCUAGAGAUACCACUACGACAGCCGAGUCGACUGCAUCCACAACUGAUACAACCACAUCGGAGAAAGGGGAGGAAACCUCAUCAGAGACAACCACGUCCGAGUCGACCACAUCAGAGACUACAACAGAGACCACAUCAGAGGCAACUACUUCAACAACAGAGUCUACAACAAGCCCCACAUCUGAGACUACCACCGAAACCACCUCAUCUUCGACCCCAACAUCUACCAGCUCGACUACUAGCAGCUCCUCGGUGUCGGCCAGCGCCUCAGUCACAACAAUCACCUCAACAUCAACCAGCAGUCCCUCGACGACGGCGACAGAUACUGCAACUACAACUCCAACUAGCAUGACCGCAGCGGAGCUAGCCGAGUGGAACCACCGGGGUAAUAUCGCAGCAAUUGCGUUUGGCUGUUGUUUUAUCUCGGUAUUCAUGGGCGUCGCCAUAGUUUACUACGCAUGUGGGAAAGCAAAGGCACGACGAAUUGCGGCUAGCAAAUUGUCGAAUUCAAGUCAGUCGUACUCGAAGAUACCCCUUGCGGCCAUAAAAGAACCUCCCUCCACUGAUCUCGAGGUUAACCGCUCCUACACGGCGUACACGAACCACCCACAGACGCAUUAUUCCCCUGCGGGUAGUGUCCCAGGCAGCGCCCCGUCAGUGUCAAACUAUAGCGAUACUCCCUCUGCGGUCUCUGCGAUCACGGCAGAUCGUUCUUCUGCCAGGGGUCACAUAUCGCGAACACAUCAAUGA